CGCCUACAACAUCCACAAGAUGUCGAGUUCAGAGAGAAAUACACCGGGGAUCGAGCCUCCCCAGGCCUACACGUUCUCCAUUGCCAACAACAAAACCAAGUACUUCACCAAAACCGAAAAACCGGUGGUUGACAUCGAAAAAACCAGCAAGAGAUUCAAGUAUUUGCUCGGAUUGACGUCGUUGUUCCAGCACUUCAUCGAGGCCAAGGCCAACAAGGAUCCUCUCUUCAGAAGAAUCCUCGACGAGGUCAAUCUGGGAAACAGUGCCAGUGGAGCUGGCGCCAGAAGACGUAAAACCGAGAAGGAGGAAGAUGACGAGCUCUUGAAGGAUGAAGUCGACACUCCAAUGAUCACAGAAUUCACCGAGAGUCCUGGGUACGUCGACGGCCAGUUGCGUCCGUAUCAAAUCCAAGGAUUGAACUGGUUGGCUGCGUUGCAUGAAAACAACUUGUCGGGAAUCUUGGCAGAUGAAAUGGGGUUGGGUAAAACCUUGCAGACAAUCUCGUUCUUGGGUUACCUCAGAUACAUCAAGGGCAUCAACGGUCCCCACAUUGUCAUCACGCCAAAGUCCACUUUGGACAACUGGCAGAGAGAGUUCAACCGCUGGAUACCAGAAAUGAACGUAUUGGUCAUCCAGGGUGACAAGGACCAAAGACAACAGUUGUUGCAAGACAGAGUCAUGCUGUGCGAUUUCGACGUGGUGAUUGCGUCGUACGAAAUUGUCAUUAAGGAGAAGGCUACCUUCAAGAAGUUUGAUUGGGAGUAUAUUGUCAUCGACGAGGCGCACAGAAUUAAGAACGAGGAGUCCUUGUUAUCUCAGAUCAUCAGAAUGUUCCACAGUAAGAACCGUCUUUUGAUCACCGGUACCCCAUUACAAAAUAACCUCCGGGAACUUUGGGCUUUAUUGAACUUCAUAUUGCCUGAUGUCUUUGCUGAUAACGAGUCCUUCGACGAAUGGUUCCAAGGAGGCCGCUCGGAAGAAACCGACGAGUCUCAAGAAGAUAUUGUGUCGCAGUUGCACAAGGUGUUAAAGCCAUUCUUGUUAAGAAGAAUUAAGGCAGACGUUGAAAAGUCGUUAUUGCCCAAACAAGAAAUGAAUGUCUACGUCAAAAUGAGUGAUAUGCAAAGAAAAUGGUACCAAAAGAUUUUAGAAAAGGAUAUCGAUGCAGUCAAUGGUGCCAAUGGUAAAAGAGAGAGUAAGACAAGAUUGUUGAAUAUUGUUAUGCAAUUAAGAAAAUGCUGCAACCAUCCUUACUUAUUCGAGGGUGCUGAACCUGGCCCUCCAUUCACCACUGAUGAACAUUUGGUCUUCAAUUCCCAAAAAAUGAUUAUUCUUGACAAGCUCUUGAAGAAAUUCCGCAGGGAAGGUUCCAGAGUAUUAAUCUUCUCUCAAAUGAGUAGAAUGUUGGACAUUUUGGAAGAUUACUGCUUCUUCAGAGAAUACCAAUACUGUCGUAUUGAUGGUCAAACAGAACACUCCGAUAGAAUUAAUGCUAUUGAUGAAUACAAUAAGCCUGGAAGUGAAAAGUUUGUCUUUUUGUUGACAACCAGAGCCGGUGGUUUGGGUAUCAAUUUAACUAGUGCCGAUAUUGUUAUUUUGUUUGAUUCAGAUUGGAACCCUCAAGCCGAUCUUCAGGCUAUGGACAGAGCCCAUAGAAUCGGUCAAACUAAGCAAGUCAAGGUUUUUAGAUUGAUCACAGAAAAUGCGAUUGAAGAGAAGGUUUUGGAAAGAGCUGCCCAAAAAUUACGUUUGGAUCAAUUGGUGAUUCAGCAGGGCAGAAAUGGUGGUGUUCUAGAAGGACACCAGAACAAGGCUGUUCACAAGGGUGACUUAUUGGAUAUGAUUCAAUUCGGUGCUAGCGACGUGUUCAACGGUAAUGAUGGUGACAAAUCAGACGAAGUCGAUAUUGAAGAACUUUUGAAAUCUUCCGAAAACAAGACGCAAGAAUUAAACCAAAAGUACGCGGCCUUGAACUUGGAUGCCCUUCAGAAUUUUACUAAUGAUGAGUCUGUCUACGAGUGGAAUGGAGAAAAUUUCAAAAAGAAAGACAGUGCCGGCAUCACCAAUAUUGGACAUGCGUGGAUUAACCCAGGUAAAAGAGAGAGAAAGGAGAACUACUCGAUUGAUAUGUACUAUAAAGAUGUAUUAAAUACCGGAGGAAACAGAACCGGAACCUCCAAUACUGCAAAAUCAGGCCCCAGACCACCCAAGCAAUUGAACAUCUAUGACCAUCAAUUCUUCCCCAACAAAUUAUUUGAGCUUCAUGAGUUGGAAAAGAAUUACUACAAGAAACAGACCAAGUACAAGGCUAUUUUGAAAAGUGGGAAGCCAGAUACUUUAGCCCAGAGGGAAUUAGAACAAAAGAUUGAGCAAGAAGAAAUUGAUAAUUCCAGACCAUUGACAGAUGAAGAAAAAGCAUUGAAAGAAGAGCUCUUGGGCCAAGGAUAUAGUAGCUGGAGCAGAAGGGAUUUCACCCACUUUAUUGUGGUAAGUGCCAAGCACGGCAGAAAUUCGAUUUCGGCCAUUGCGAACGAGUUUGAAGAGAAGACUAUUGAUGAAGUCAGAGACUAUGCCAAGGCAUUCUGGAAAAACUAUCAAGAUAUUGACGGGUACGAAAAGUUCAUCAACCAAAUUGAGUUGGGCGAGGAAAAGAUUACCAAGGUUAAGUUACAGAAGGAAGCCUUAAGGAGAAAGUUGUCUUUCUACAAAUAUCCAUUGCAAGAAUUAGUAUUGAAGUAUCCUCCAGCAUCCACCAACAAAAGAAUGUUCAGCGAUGAAGAGGACAGGUUCCUUUUGAUCCAAAUGUACCGAUUCGGGCUUGACAGACCUGACUUGUACGAGCGGAUUAGGGAGGCCAUUCGGGAUUCGCCAUUGUUCCAGUUUGACUUUUUCUUCCAGAGCAGAAAUCCGAGCGAGUUGUCGAGAAGAUGUUCCACAUUAUUGGCAUGUAUUGCUAAGGAACUACACCCAGAGACCGAGAAGGAGGAGAACGGGAAGAGAAAGAGAGAGGGCGAGGACAAGGGCAAGAAGAAGGCCAAGGCUGUUUCGGGGUGAGGCGACGUAUGCGGAACGACUAGAUUUUCUAUCUUGUAUCUGGAACCUCCAUUGGUUAAAAUUAAUCAGAAUGGAUUUCAUGGGUAUCUAGACACUCCAUGUGGAGCAAUUGUC